UUUCCCCUGUUACUAUUAACACUACCUUUCCUAUCUCUCUUUUCCCUCUUUCCUAUCAAUUGCUGUCUCUUUCUCCCUUCUUUCCCACUCCCCAACUCUCUCUUUCUCCCCUCUUUCCUUCUCUCCCGCGCUCUCUUUCAUACUCACCCCUCUCCCUUUUUUCCUCUCCAGUGCUCGUUCACCCUCUUCUCUCUGUAAUAUGCAUGUCUAACAAUUCCUCUCCCUCACAAUUAUCGGUUUUCAUCGUCGCUGUCGUCGUCAUCGUCGUCAUAGUUGUGGUCGUGGUCGUAGUCUUCGUAUUCGUCGUCGUUCUUUUGCUAUUCCUCCCUUUAUAUUUCCUCGCAUCUCUCCAUUGUAUCAUUCCAAUGCUCCGAGCUUCUCAAUCACGAGUCACUCGAUCGAUUGGAUCGGCGAUUGGUGCCACCACUAUCAACUCGGGGACAAGUGUCCCUUUGAAACCUACUUGCCACACAAAACAACUAUAACCAAAAACAAACAAAAAAAAAUCAUCAUUUUGACUAUACAUAUAUUAUUUAUAUAUAAUAUAUAUAAAUAUAUAUAUAUAUAUAUAUAUAAAACAAUUUUUUUUUUCACAAAAAAAUUAUGUAUGCCAAGACACUUAAUACAUGGGAUUACCUAACAUGCCGAAAUGUGUGGAAAAUGUGUUGUACACAACGAGAAGAUGCUGCUACAGAACCCUGUUGUCAGAAUCAUCAAAAGGGUACGGAUACACAUUGUAGUCAUGCUAAUUUAUCUAAAGAGCGUGGUGUUGACAACCAGGCUCUAGCUGAGAUAAACAAACCUUUGCAUGAUUGUGACAACAAUAAGAUUACGUAUAAUUCCUUGGAUAACCAUUCGCAAACCAAUGUGAACAACACACUGUUAAAAUCUGAUAACUAUCAAAACGACAUCUCCGCUGGUUUGUUAACGUACAGUGCCUAUGCUUUUGAUGACAGCUCUAGUGAGAGUGAAGAUGAAAUUAUUAAAAGAUAUCAACAUUCCUUCAAAACUGAACAGAAAAAGCUUGAAAAAGAGAUCAUUAGUAGUCAAAGUAUAAAACGAACAAAGAGUACCAAAAGCAAUGAUUUACCAUCACAAAACAGCACUGUAAAGUCUACCGAUUUGGCACCAAGAAAGGCAUCUUCUGAUGGAAACAUAUCCAGUAAAUAUCAAGAUAUCAAAGAAACUAAAAAACUUGAAAAAAAUAAAGUUAGUGAAGCAGUUCCAAAGAAAACUGAGGAAAUCGUUCCCUCCCAAAGUACCACUACUCACUUAUCAGAACCACUGGUAAGCAAAGAAGCAGAAACUUCCACAUCAAAACUAACCACUAUACACAAUGAUCGGCAAAGCGAUGCUGAAGGAAUAAGUAACCAAGCAUUCCAAGAUGAAGUGUCCUUGUCAAUGUCGGUCAACAGCGAUGUUUUGGAUAGCCCAGACCACAACUCCGAUGAGCAUCUGUUUGAUAUAAGUGAUUUGCACCAAGAACCACCAUUAAUUUCUAAAUGCGGAAGUCUUGAAGUUACAUUUCUCUACAGUCCCGAAGAGAAUACAAUGAAAAUAACAAUCUUGCAAGCUCAAGAAAUCCCAAGUAAAGACAGGGGUGGUGCUAAUAGUGCCCAAGUCCGAAUACUCCUGUUACCAACAAAAAAACAAAGAUUCAAAACCAAAAUUAAACCAGGAGAUAAUCCAGAAUUUGGUGAAACAUUCACAUUUCAAAAAAUACAGAAAGAGGACCUGAUGAACAUGGGAGUACGUUUUAGGCUCUAUGGUUGUGAAAGAAUGCGGAGGGAGAGGAUGCUAGGAGAAGCUGUCAUUGGUUUUGCUUCUAUUAACCCAGAUAUGGAAUCAACUCACUGGAUAUUACUGGAGCCACGCAGUAACCUGAGUGUAGUACUAUUAUUAUUAAUGUUGUUGUUGUUACUUCCCCAUGAAUUUUAUUUUUCAGAUACCUAUGUGAAGUUAACUCUGAUGUCUCCGACUGGUAAAGAAAUUGCCCGCAGUAAAACUUCUAUACGGCGUGGUCAACCAAAUCCAUUGUUUAGAGAAACAUUUGUAUUCCAAGUGGCAUUAUUUCAACUGCCAGAAUUAACACUAAUGAUCUCUGUCUACAAUAAACGAAGUAUGAAACGGAAAGAGAUGAUUGGCUGGUUUGCUUUAGGAAUGAAAAGCAGCGGAGAAGAAGAACAGAGCCACUGGAAUGACAUGUGUGAAAACAAAGGGGAGGAAGUACAGCGCUGGCACGUACUCCUUGAAUCUUGAGCCACCAGAGCUCAAUGAGCUGCACUGAACUCUUGUUUUCAUUUGUACCAAUACCAAUACUCUAGUAAUAAUCUCUUCUCCCAGACAAUGUUCACAGUCUACAUAUACACAUACACACACAGUCACACUUGUGCAUACAUAGUCUGCACCCUUCCUCUUUUCUCUCUUCCCCCCACUCUCUAUCUCCUUGUUAAAAGACAUAACCUGCAACUAAUUGUAGCCAUUAGACGCCAUCAUCCAUAUAGCUCUCAUCUCUAACAUCUCUAUGUCUCUCACGUAUACUCUUCCUCUCCUCCUACUCUCUCUCUCUCUCUCUUGUCUUUCUACUUCCAUCCCUCUCUUACAGAAUUUCCUUCCAAUAACUCUAUGUAUAUAUAUAUAUCUAGAUAAACCUUCACUAUUUGAACAAAACUUGUUCUCAAGAAUAACUAACCACACCCACACACACACCAGACUUAGAAAAAAAAUUUAGAUUCACAAUUCUUCCUUAUUUGUGUACAGUUCUAUGUUUAUGACUUGAUACUGUCAGUUGCAUACCUUAAUUCUGUUCACGGUGGCCCACUGAUUGCUGAACAAAAUGUCCCAGCCCCAAAACCACCACCAUGUAAGCCAAUGAGUGAGUGUCUUCAUGGUCAAUUGACCUGCUAGAAAUAGCUGCCAUAUCCCUCUUAAUUUACACCAUACUCUCUUGUAAAAGAAUAAAAAUAGAAGCGGGGCAUGUCAGACAGUACCUGAGACGAGGAUGAGAUAGAUAUGUCUGGAAUGCCCUUGAUCAUAAAUCUUCUGAAUUAGGAUUGAUCUGGGAAUAAACAACAACCAGUUACCACGUCCAUCUUCGCAAAAAUACAUACGUACACACACCACCACCUUAUAAUGUGACAAACAGAAUCAAGGGACUUAACUCAGUAACAAUUUCUUGCUACUGCUUUUUCUAGCAAUAUUUCUACAAUACCUUUAUAGAAUUGCUUGCCUCCUGGUGAAUUCAUAUGGAUGGUGAGUGAUGGGGGAAUUUUAAGUGAGUAUCAUUGUUAUGUCAGCCAUUAUAUUUCCUAUCCAGGUGGUGUAGAGUUCACUGCAUGAUGGCUGGAGAGGCUAGUGGAUAGCGAAAGAUAGUACAAUACUGACCUCAUACACACAACAUAUGUAUAUGUUUUUACAUAUUUAUGUAUGUGUGUCUAUGUGUAUGUGUAUACAAGUGUGUAUGUCUGUGUGCAUAUGUAUAUAUAUGUGUAUGUGUAUGUAUGUGUGUAUAUAUCUAUCUUUAUAUAUAUAUAUAUAUAUAUAUUUAUAUAAGGGCAUUACUAUAU